AUGGUUGUAUGUUUUAUUAUAAGUUUAUUAAUUCCACUUUAUAUAGCGUAUCGUUUAUAUCAACAUUUCUUUCCAUAUCCUGAUAUUAAUCCAAAGGAUAAAUAUGUUUUAAUAAGUGGAUGUGAUACUGGUUUUGGUCAUACAUUAGCUAUUGAACUUGAUAAACAAGGUUUUAAUGUAUUAGCUGGCGUUUAUACGUCUAAUAAUAUUAUCACACUUCAAAAUAAACUCUCACCAAAAGCAACUGUUUUUCAACUUGAUAUUACUAAACACGACGAUAUCGAUAGUGCAUAUGAAUUAAUACGUAAGAAAACAAAUACACUUCAUGCACUUGUUAAUAACGCAGGAGUUGGAAUUCCUGGUUAUAUUGAUUGGAUUACAUUAGAAUCAAUGCGUAAAACCAUGGAUGUUAAUUUUUUUGGACAUGUUGCAAUGACAAAAACAUUUUUACCAUUAUUAAUUAGUAAACGUAAUUCACGUGUUAUUAAUAUUACUUCAGUAGCUGGUAUUUUAGCUGCACCAAAUUUAUCUGCAUAUGCUGCUUCGAAAUAUGCUUUAGAAUCAUUCUCUGAUUGUCUUCGUCGUGAAAUGUACAGAUGGAAUUUGCGUGUUAGUAUUAUUGAACCAGGAUUUAUGAAAACACCUAUUAUUGAAGGAGUUAAAAAACCAUUUGAUAAUUUUUGGAAAGAAUUAACCAAUGAUGUUCAAGAACGAUGGGGAAAAGAUUAUCUUAAUGAAAUUUAUGAUGGUCCAGGUAAAAAUAUAUUUAUUAAACAUGCUGAAGAUCCUAUGAAAGUAGUACGAGCACUUCAACAUGCUGUUAUGAAUACAAAUCCACAUAUUCGUUAUAGACCAGGUUUGCAAUCAAGUUUAUUCUUUUAUCCACUUUCAAUGUUACCUGCUUGGUUGGUUGAUUUCAUAUUAGUUAAAACUGAUACGUUAAAUUUCAUACCUGCAAGUAUUAGUAAACAAUUAAAAGAUUAA